AUGGAGCAAAAUGAGGCAUCGAGGGAUACUUUUUCCCAGGAAGAUCAUCAGGCAGCGUAUAUAUUCGAUCCGCAACAGGAUGAGGGUCAUUUCAGCGAUCCACGGCCAUCCAAGAAGCGCCGGGUAACCGGGGGCGACAUCGUGGAGAGAAGCAGGACAGUCGGUGAUGCGCCGUUGUUCGUGCCCCUACUCAAUGGCGCAGAGAAGCCCGAAUUUGCAAGAUUUCGGGAGCAAAAGUUCCAUGAAUCUUGGAAGAUGAUUGACGGGCGACUCCAGAGUAUUUUGCGAGAGUCCAACUCGACUACUUUGAAUGAAGUGGCCGAGUUCGUGGCCGACGCCACUAAAGACAGCAUCGAUCAAAUCCCUUCAGGGUUUAUUGUAACGGGGCCGAAUAUAGCAUCGCAAGAUCUCUUGUUCGAACAACUAUCUGAUUCGUUGCGAAACAAGUUCACGAGCAGGUUUGUGAGACUGAAAUCAUCCGAGACGGUGACUCUCAAAGCUGCCUUAAAACGUACGAUUCAGGGUGCCAUGGCCACGGUGCAGGGCGUUGAGGAUGAUGACUUGCUGUCGGAUGCGACGAAAGACGGAUUUCGUUACCUUGACUAUGAUCUUGAGGCUUUGGAGGUAUUCCUAAAACCCCUCCAGUGUGAGCAUGUUUUUGUGGCAUUUCAAGAUAGUGAGGGCUUUGAUAGCAGUCUUCUUUCCGACCUGAUUGCUUUGCUCCACUCCUGGCGGCCCCGCAUACCAUUUACGCUAUUGUUCGGCAUUGCUACAUCGGUGGAAUUACUACAAACUCGCUUAUUAAAAUCGACCUGCCGCGUCAUGUAUGGAGGGCAAUUCGAUGCAGCCCAGACAGCUAGCAUUCUGGAGACUAUCUUCAAGGGCACCGUUGCGGCGGUCGAUGUACCACUACGCCUAGGUGCCCCUCUCCUUCGAAGCAUGUUGGAUCGGCAACACGAACAAGUUGCUGGCAUCCAGUCCUUCAUAAGCUCAUUGAAGUAUGCUUAUAUGUGCCACUUUUAUGCGAACCCACUCAGUGUUUUGUUGUGUUGUUCAGAACCCCCUAGCGAAAGUCUCCAGCAAGAGCAUUUUGAAGCGGUCCGGAACCUGCCCAGCUUUCGGCAAGCUGUGGAACGAGAAGUGCAAAAGGGCACCGUGGCUUCCUUGGAGGAUGCACGAUUAUUGAUUGAGGAUAACAAACAUCUUCUCAAUCGAAUCAGGGCAGGCCAUGGCAACCGGCAAUCGUGGGCAGCCCAGUUCCUUCGGUCUCUGCUGAUUUCGCAAGCUGCCGGCGUCCAGAGGAGCUCCUUUUCCAGAGCCUACGUGGAUGGUUUGGUCAGAGCUCAGCUGUCUUCGGAUGACCCGGGCUUGGCUCAGAGCAUUCGCCGCAUGGACCCUGACGAGUUGUCGGGGCUUCUUGCCCGGAUCGUUUCAGUGCUUGGUGAAGGGGACAGGUCACUUGGAUUGCUGCCGUCUGCUGAUGAGCGAGAUGCGCAGCUACGCGCAUCGCUCGAAUCCGUCAUGCAAGAGCUCGAGCAUCUCAAGGUACGGGCCAAGGAUGCUGGCACUGUUUUGAGGAGCAAAUACAGCGGUCAUAGCAAGGUCAUGCGCACCACCGUCGUUGCCCAAAAAGUCCAGCUCAGCCAAGACACAGCAGCUCUUCGAGACGAGGACAACCGACUAACUGAGCUCGUGGACAAGACCACUUUGCUACUCUGCAGGCACUAUCUGGAUACUAAUCCGAACUCGAUACUGUUUUCGGAAUGCUGGCUCUACGAAACCAAGUCUCCUUCCCGUGACGUGUUUAUCCCUCGACCGAGGAUGGUGUUUGAAAGAAGUCUCGGUCGCCCGCAAGACUACCUAGGAUGCAGAUGCUGCGAAUCAGACCACGACGGACUCGAAGCGAAAGUACCCCCUACGUCUCUUCUUUAUCAACUGUACCUAGAGGCUGGAAAUCUGGUCAACGUUGCGGAUUUAUGGACAGCUUUCCGCGCGCUGGUGAGCCAGGGGGGGGAAGACGAGCGCAGGACAUUGGUCCUGUUCUAUCGUGGUCUUGCCGAAAUGAGGGCUUUGGGAUUUGUCAAGGCCAGCAAGAAGAAGAUUGAUCACAUAGCCAAGAUCAAGUGGCUCUAG